GUGCAACAGUUUAACAUACUGGUAUUGUCAAUCUAUUUUUAGAGGGAUGGGCUAUAAGGAUAUGGGCCUAAAGAACCUUUUUAGCUGAUUUAGAGCCGACCUUCCAACACUGUUGUCAGCUGGGCACUACAGUAGCGGCUCAGAGCCAGAAAUGUGACGAGACAACCUCAGGUACCCCAGUACAGGGGAUUCCUGCAGAGCAACAAAGUAUCUGUCUCUCUACCAUGCAGCUUUGUUGUGCUCAAACACUCAGAGAUAUCCAGUGUAAAGAAGGAAAACAAGCAGCAACAAGGGGAAAUAGCUGUCACACCUUCAAAUAUGAGGACAGUAAGUAUUGCUGUGAAGCCUGUAAGCUGGGAAUGAUAUCGGGAUCCAUGGCAAUGGGAUGUGAGUUCCGAGAGUUCUCUCUUGGAGAGAUAUGGGAUGAGACGUAUCAGUCGUGCUGUACUACUAUUGGCUCACAAGCACAACCACUACCCCCACCAACUGCAACUGCACCUCCGACUAAACCUCCAAGAAAACAACAUUCAAACGAGAACAUAUGUGAGUUGCUGAAGGGAGAGUUGUGUGCCCACAUCUGCAUCCCUACAGGAGCAGGAUCUUACCGUUGCGACUGUGAACCAGGGUUUACUCUGAUGGGCGACAGGAAGUCUUGCCAACAGGCCAAGGCUGUUAACAGAUGUGAGGUAAACAACCCAUGCCAGCAACACUGCACGGACACUGGCAUUGCCAUAGAGUGUUCCUGCCACAGUGGGUUCCAACUUGACACGGACAAUAAGUCUUGUAUUGACAUUGAUGAGUGUGCUCUAGACCAGCAUGACUGUUCACAAGACCAGGAAUGUCAGAAUGAACUUGGAACAUUCUCUUGUAAACAGCUGCCUACCUCUACCACCAACACAUCUGGUUUGUCAACACAGCCACACCAACCUUCCACUGUGAAUGUUACACCGUUUCCAGAUUAUAACAGGUUCACAGAUGCAAGGGAAUCGAAUAAUAGUAUUUCUAGUAAAGGAGAUGAUAGAUGCCCCUUCGGAUACAUUUUUAACUCUGCCACGCAACUGUGCCAAGAUGUGGACGAGUGUGAUGCAGAUUUGCAUGUGUGCAACUCUGGUGAAACGUGCGUCAACAUGCCUGGAGGAUACCGCUGCAGUCAGAAACAGACCAGCACCUUCACUCCACCAGCUUGCCAACCGGGUUACCACUACAGCGAGAACUACCGCAACUGUAUAGAUAUAGAUGAAUGUGUUGAGCAAGAUAGUGCCUGUGACAGCAAUCAGCUGUGUGAGAACACUGUUGGAAGUUACCAGUGUCAAUGCAAGUCUGGCUUUCAGUUGGACUCCAUCACUCAAGCCUGUGUUGAUAUCAACGAAUGCCAAGUAGAUCUACACAACUGUUUGCCAACCCAGCGAUGUGACAACACUAUCGGAUCAUUCCAAUGUGUUCGAUACACUAACUGUGGGACGGGAUACACACUAAACGCUCAAACAGGCUUGUGUGAAGAUAAUGACGAGUGUGCUCUCCGCAUGUGUGAUCAUUUAGGUCCUGGCUACAAAUGUAGGAAUACCCUUGGCUUCUUCCGUUGUGACAAGAUCACAAGUUAUGGUUCAACAACGACAGACAAGCCGUAUGACAGCUACACUACCCCGAGUGUUAGAUGUCCACGAGGUUAUCAUAGUGGACCUGACAGGACAUGUGUUGACAUAAACGAAUGUGAACGAGGAGACAUUUGCAAACCGAAUCAAGUAUGUGUGAACAUUGCUGGGGGGUAUAUCUGCAGCAAUAAAGCUACGUGUGAGCCUGGCUUUCGACUAAAUCCUCAAACCAACCGAUGUGUAGACAUAGACGAGUGUUCGGAUCAGCCGGGUCUUUGUGACCACAACUGCCUCAACACAUGGGGUUCAUUCCGCUGUAGUUGUCGACCCGGCUUCACUCUAUCUACAGACAACAGGACGUGUGUGGAUAUAAACGAAUGUGAGGUGUUUAAGGAUCGGAGAUUAUGUAUCGGCUACUGUGUCAACCAACCAGGAUCAUACUCCUGUCAAUGCCCCCAGGGGUACCGUCUAGGCUUAGAUGGAGCUUCGUGCCAAGAUAUUGAUGAAUGCAGUGGCAGCAACCAUUGCACUAACCGCAAUGAAAUUUGCUUAAACAUGCGGGGAACUUAUAGAUGUGUGUCAACUGCUUGUCCUACGGAGUACAUAAAAGAUACACAGCAUAAAAAUCGAUGCAAAAGAAUAACAAUGUCGUGUCGGGAUGGAGACACAGAAUGUUUAGAGAAACCUCUGACUUACACAUUUCACUUCAUCACUCUGGUAUCGAACCUGACGACCAGGGCGGAAGGACCUUUGGACCUCUUCAUGAUGCGAGGUCCAGUGUGGUCCUCUACGAAUGUAGCCUUUGAUCUUCAACUAGAUAAGGUACACGCACCACCAUCUGUACCAGUCGCAACAUUGGAAGAUUUCCAGCUGGUGUCAUCAGAUCACAACAUCGCUAACAUUCGAUUGCUCAAACCCCUCAUGGGGCCUCAAGAUAUAUUUCUUCAACUCAUCAUGAAGUUUUAUUACAAUGGAAUAUAUGGUGGAACUACAAUAUCUAACAUAUCAAUAUUUGUCUCACAGUAUGAAUUUUAGCAGUAUAAAAUGUAUAGAAUAAACAUAUUUCUCAUUUGUAUACUUUAUCCUUGUAUUGUAUGUUUUAAUGAAAAUCAUACCAUGACAUCACACAGACAAAAGAUUUUAUGGCAACAUGUGUUAUUGCUCUAUUAGCAAAUUUAUGUGCCUACCAGUAUAUUUUAAAGAAUGUUAAAGUAAAAAUAUUUUCAAUCAAUCUAAUUUGAAUUCAUAUUUCAUUGUAGAAAGCAUUUUUAAAAUAAAGUCUAUUUA